AGUACGAUUCCUGACGUUUUGUCGGCAGCAAGAAAACAGUUGGAAGGAAUGGCGACCAGUCGCAUGAUGUAGCGGACGUCGCUGGUUUAGGUAGGCUUACGUGUGACUUCAGGUGCGCGCGCGAGUCUCGGUCUCUUGCCUCCACUGUCUACAUUCAGGGCUCGUCGACUCACAGUCAAGCUUAUUUCUCCCAUCUCCUCUAGUGUCGGCAGGGAUCGUUCAACGCGCUGCUGAGCGCGCAGGACCACUCGCUCGCAACUUGAAGCCAGCAGAGCGAGGUCGUGGCGGACAUGUUGCUCGAUACAUGCUUCCUCUGUGGUGCUGAGGGCGCGUUCGAGCGCGACGAGGGUCUGGCUUGGACGUUCGCGGAGAAGGCGGUGAGGUGCGGACUGCCGAGUAUGGAGCCAGAUACUAGUGCCUUUAUACUAUCUCGGGGCGGCGAAGCCGGCCCCUGUCCACGUUGCGAACAAGUGGCGAAGGUGCACAGACAACGGACAUGAAAGAGGGCGACGAACUUCGGAUGUGAAAGAGGGCAACGAACCUCGGAUAUGAAAGAGGGCGACGAACUUUGGAUAUGGGGUGACGAGCAUGAAUUUGACGCUGGAGCGAGGAGGACGCGGACGGCGUGUGG